GCAACUUAAAAAUAAAGAUCAGUACUCCAUACUUAACAUACUGUAAUAUAAUUUUGUUAAGUAAAAAUGUGAAUUUCGGCUUAAAUAAAUUACUACAAGAAAAGUAGAGUAUAAUGUGGUAAAUUGGUGAAUGCCAAAUUUCAUAUUACUGAGUAUUCAAAACAUCUGUAUUUUAUUAUUUGGAAUUUUCAACUCAAAUUAUUUUACCCGAUCUCUUGCUUUUAUUUCCUGUAGAGUUUCAUAACAAUCACCAAUUCUGCCAGCAAGAAAAACUAUUGCAUUUUUGGCAAAGAAGUACUUUGCAUCAUCAGAAAAUGAAAGAGAGUAAACCAUUGUUAGUUGAAGAACUAGCUGAAUUUAGAAUUAAUAAAAAAGAAAAUAUAUUUUACCUUCGAUUCCUUCGCGGCUACUUCUCUCCCUAUCAGCCAUAAUCAUCCUCAUAUCCAUAUUAUCGGUGUCCAUAAACACAAAGCCAAAUACAGUUGUGCCAUGCUGUGAAAUAAAUGUCAAUUAUAUUAACACAAUGAACAUAACAAUCAAACAUACCUUAGAUAAAUACCCUAGAUAAGACGGGGCCAUAAGCAAUUAGCGCUACAUUAACCAAUCUAACUUCAUGACAUUGAAGCCCAAACAUCCAGCACAAAUUGUUUUGAUAUGAACUAAAGUAAAAUAGUAACAUAAAACAUAAGGUCUUCUCCAACACUAACUUCAUCACAUCUUCAACACCAUUCACAUCCAAAUAACAUUUACCCUUAAGAGAAACAAACACUUGUUUAAGUGUAAACGGUUCUAAGUAAACAGAUGCCUCUGGACAUGAUUUCCUUAUCAAAACAAUUUGUGUUGGAUGUUUGGGGCCUUAAUGUCAUGAAGUUGGAUUGGUUAAUAUAUCGCUAAUUGCUUAGGGCCCCUCGUCUUAUCUAGGGUGUGUUUGGUUGUUAUGUUCAUUGUAUUAAUAUGAUUGUCAUUUAUUUCACAAUGUGGCACAACUGUAUUUGGCUUUGUGUUUUUGGACACCGAUGAUAUGAAUAUGAGGGUGAUAAAUCUGAUAAUGGCUGCUAGGCAGAGAAGAAGCCGCGAAGGAAUCGAAGGUUAAAUAUAUUUUCUUUUUUCUUAAUUCAAAAUUCAGCUAGUUUUUCAAUUAACAAUGGUUUACUCUCUUUCAGUUUCCGAUGAUGCAAAUAAGUACUUCUUUGCCAAAAAUGCAAUAGUUUUGCUUGCUGGCAGAGUUGGUGGUUGUUAUGAAACUCUACAGGAAAUUGAACCAAGAGAUUAGGUAAAAUAAUUUGAGUUGAGAAUUCCAAAUAAUGAAAUAAAGAUGUUUUGUAUACUCAGCAGUACAAAAUUUGGCAUUCACCAAUUUACCACAUUAUACUCAACUUUUCUUGUAGUAAUUUAUUUGGACCGAAAUCCACAUUUUUUCUUAACAAAAUUGUAUUACAGUAGUGUUGUGUAUGGAGUACUGAUCUUUGCUUUUAAGUUGCUUUUGUAAUACUUUCCUUAAUAAUUUUCCGCAAAUCUUUAUGGGAUUAAAAAACGUUUUCAAAGAGAGCAUCAGGCCUAGUCGUAGGGCUUCAUUUGUAAAAGGGGUUCUGGAUCAUAUUCGUUCCUACACGCUUUGCUUCCGGGAAAACGGAUAAGAGAAGAUAUGGAGGAACCGAAACCAGCGCAGAACGGAUUUGUUAAGAAUCACCAUCGUCGAUUUAGAUCCGAGGACUUGAAUGUGGAUGAGACACAGGGUUCCAUUGAAAAAAAGAGGAAACUAUUUUUUGAGCAGAAUGUGGAUGAGACACCGGGUACACAAUUGCAACAUUCUUCUUAUCUGUUCAUAGACACCGGGUACACAAUACCAACAUUCUUCCACAAUCCCAACGUUCUUUAACCCUCUUUUCUUGGCCUUGAUUGAGACCUACAAUCUCAUAACUUUAUGUUUGAGGGAAUGAAUGCAAUUUCUUGCGCUUAAAAAUUUUGUCACACACACACACCCUCUAUUUCAAACAUGUGUUUCAUAUUUUGACUUUGAGUUCAGAAAAAAGGGUUGAAUAGGAAAAAAUGGAUGUUUAACAUUUGUGUAUGAGAGAGAAGUACUAUACCAU